AUGGAGGACAGUGAUCGGCAUCCGGAGUCAGCAGAAGAGGAGGAAGAAGUCGUAAACGCUCCUGAUCACGCCAUGGCAGGAAGUAAGAUAAUUGAGCCGUUCAAACCGGGAGCCGCAGAGGCUUGGGAUUCCUAUCUCCAACGUUUUGGUUUUGCUGCUGCCGCGCAAGGGAUCACCAACAGCGACAGGAAGAAGGCUGUUUUUCUGAGUUGCUGCGGUGCCGAAGUUUUCGAGUUGGCCCGAGGGUUGGUGGCUCCUCUCACGCUAGAAACAGCGACGCUGGCGCAGAUAACAGACCAACUUAUGAGGCACCUGGCCCCAGCAGCAACUAAGACAACACGCCGCAUAGAGUUCCAUAAUAGAAGGCAGAAGGAUGGCGAAUCGGUUUCCAUGUUCCUUGCUGAGCUGAAGGUCCUGGCGAGGCAAUGUCAGUUCGUGGCUCUUGAGGAGGCACUGCUUGACCAGUUCAUUGGCGGCCUGAGCAGCAGUAAGGCCCGCCGUCGAAUCGCUGCAAAGGAAGAGGUGGAUCUAGCAACGGCAGUGCGCGAGGCCUUAGCCACAGAGACCGCAGAGGGGGAAAAGCUGAAAUCCCCACAACGAAGCACCAGGCCGGCAGCAGAAACAGCCCACGCUAUGUGCAGCCAGGAGUCCAGCCCGUCCCAGAGUCCAUCCUGCGCCGUUGGAUCCCUGGGGGCUGGUUCAUCGGGAACAAAGGGAAGAAAACUAGAAUGCCCCGGUUGUGGGGGCGCGCACGAACGUCGGAAGUGCCGGUUCCGGAAUGUCAUGUGCCGCAUUUGCGGGAAAAUGGGCCAUAUUGCUCGGGUAUGCAGGUCGGCUACCGGGGGAACAUCAGGAUCCCCACGAUCGUCCCGGCGACAGGAAAACUCAUCGGCACACGUUGUGGACGACUGCAACUACCUCACCGAGAUUGAGGGCAAGACUGUUCAGUUUCCUGCUCAGGGGAAGGCAUCAAUCCAGGUCAGCAUUGAGGGCCACCCUUGCCAGAUGGAGGUAGAUUCUGGGUCCGGAUUCACGAUUGUCUCUGACAAAACAGCGAGGUCGUUUUUUUUAGGGGGUAAGCUUCCUCCAUUGGAGCCUUUCCCCGCCACAUUACAAUCGUACUCGGCCUGCCGGAUACACAUCCUUGGAAUGUGUUCCGUCAACGUAAGUUUUAAAAACAAAAGGGCUGUGCUUAAGCUGGUGAUUGCCAAGGGAAAGCGCACUAGCCUAUUGGGAACAGACUGGUUUCCUGCUUUAGGGCUGGGCAUAUCUGGGUUGAACGCCAUAACGAUAUCCCCAAACACAUUCGAGAAGCUUUAUGAGGAGUUUACACCAUUAUUUGAUGGCAGUCUGGGGUGCUAUAAAGGGCCUCCCAUUAAUUUUGAGUUGGACCAAGGGGUGACUCCAGUCCGCCUUAAACCAAGACGAGUACCAUUUGCCCUGCAGCCCAAGAUAGAGGCAGAACUCGACAAACUAGUCCAGCAAAAAGUAUUGGAACCAGUUGACUCAGCGAGGUGGGAAACCCCAAUAGUGACCCCGCUAAAGGCAAACGGGGAAGUGCGUAUCUGCACAGACUAUAAAUGCACAAUAAAUAAGGCAAUUCGGGGAAAUUCUUACCCCAUUCCAGUGGUGUCGCAACUGCUAGCAAAGUUGGCGGGAGGUAAGGUAUUUGCAAAAAUUGAUCUUGCCCAGGCGUACCAGCAGUUACCUGUAACUCCCCAGACCGCAGAGGCUCAGACUAUUGUAACCCACAAAGGAACAUUUAAGGUAAACCAAUUGCAAUUUGGAGUAAGUGUAGCUCCGGGAAUAUUCCAGGGCAUUAUGGAAAGGUUAUUAAGGGAAGUACCGGGCACCCUCGUGUAUUUUGAUGAUGUCCUAAUAUCGGGGAGGAACCCCCACGAGUUGGAAAGCCGCAUCAGACAGGUGCUUCACAAGUUCCAGGAAGCUGGACUCCAUCUAAAGAAGGAGAAGUGUAUUUUUGGGGUUCCUACAGUGGAUUUCCUCGGUUACACCAUUGAUGCUGAGAGAGUGCACCCCAUGGAAAGCAAGGUUAGGGCCAUCGCUAAUGCACCCAAACCCAGUAACAAAACGGAACUCCAAUCAUUUUUGGGUCUGGUAAACUUUUACCAUGCGUUUUUACCGCACAAAGCAGCGGUGGCAGAGCCCUUGCACAGGCUUCUGCAGAAGAAGUGCGUCUGGCAUUGGGGAAAGCCGCAACAAAAGGCUUUCGAAACCAUCAGGGGAAUGUUGUCUGCUGAGAGUGUUUUGGCACAUUAUGACGAAACGAAGCCCCUCGUACUUGCUUGUGAUGCAUCGCAAUAUGGGUUGGGAGCUGUGCUCAGCCACAGAGAGGCGGAUGGGUCAGACAGACCCAUCUCAUUCUAUUCAAGGACUCUUACAUCCGCCGAGAGGAACUACGCGCAGAUUGACAGAGAGGCAUUGGCUGUGGUAGCGGGGGUUAAGAAAUUCUAUGACUAUGUGUAUGGGCGAUCGUUCCUAAUCGAAACGGACCACAAGCCAUUACUAGGCCUGUUUAACCCCAGCAAACAAACUCCUCAAAUCCUGUCUCCUAGAAUGCUCAGAUGGUCGAUCUUUUUAAAUGGGUUCCAAUAUAAAAUAUGUCAUGUGAAAGGGAAAUUGCUCUGCCAUGCAGACGCCCUCAGCCGGCUGCCACUCCAGGGAACUGGUGAUUGUGAUCCAGCACCAGCCGAACAGGUCACGAUGUUGGAAACACUGCCAGGCGCUCCUGUGUCCGCGGAAGAAGUGGCGGCCAGGACGCGUAAGGACCCCACACUCUCCCGAGUCCUCGCCUGGGUAGGGAGGGGGUGGCCCAGUGGGGGCCAAGAAGAAAAAUUCCGCCCAUUCGUAAUGCGGCAGCAUGAGUUGUCACUUCAUAAGGGGUGCAUACUGUGGGGGGACAGGGUGAUCAUUCCUAACCCCCUGAGGAAUCGCAUUCUAGAGACCUUGCACAUGGGGCACCCGGGAAUGGUCAGAAUGAAAUCCCUGGCACGUUGUUAUGUGUGGUGGCCAGGGAUGGAUAAGGAAAUAGAAAUGUGGGUACACACGUGCAAAACAUGCCAAGAGGUUCGACCUGAGGUUCCCGGGGCACCUAUUCAUUGGUGGGAACAGUCAAAGGCGCCAUGGAACCGUAUUCAUAUAGACUUCGCGGGCCCCUUUCAAGGGAAAACAUUUUUGGUUGUGGUCGACGCAUACUCGAAAUGGUUGGAGGUAGCCUUAGUUUCCAGUCCCACAUCAGCAGCCGUUAUCAAAGUUUUAAGGCGUUUGUUUGCCACGCAUGGUCUGCCAGGAACAGUGGUGUCAGACAAUGGGGCAGCAUUCGUGUCAAAUGAGUUCAGAGGUUUCCUUGCUGACAAUUUCAUACGAGGAGUGACCUCUGCCCCUUUUCACCCCUCCUCUAAUGGUCAAGCAGAACGAAUGGUGCGAACCGCAAAAGGGGCUAUUUCACGUCUGCUGGAGGGUGACUGGGCAGCCCGGAUAGCUCGUAUGCUAUUCUUGCAGCACGCCACACCCUGCACAGCCACAGGAAAAUCACCAGCUGAGCUGCUGUUAGGCCGAAGGUUGGUGACAGUCCUGGACUUUGUGCAUCCAGAUAGGAUGCCCUCGCGUCCUGCACGGGAGCCACCCCCACCUGAAGGGGAUAGAACGAGACACUUUAAUCCGGAGGAUCUCGUGUGGGUGAGAAAUUAUGCCAGAGGUCCGAUUUGGGUUCCGGGAGUCAUUUCACGGGCCACCGGCCCCGUGUCAUAUCAUGUCACGUUAUCACAAGGUCAGGUCUGGCGCAGGCAUGUGGAUCAGCUGAGACGCAGGAUACCCAGCCGGAGUGAUGCCGAGGAACCUAACGCCUCUGCAGUAAAUGGGGAGUCGCCAUCCCCGAGCCAGGUAGAGACACCUGCACUGGGUACUGCCCCGCCAGGGCAGUCAGACGGUGCACUAACCGCUGAAAACACAGAGAUGGCGGAAGAAAAUGAGCUGGGGGAACCUUUAGCAGGGACAGGGGUAGCCAAUACACCCGAGGAGAUCCCUCAGCCGUCAAUUCCUCAGAUCACAACACCAGAGGUGAGACGAUCGGGUAGAGAUCGCAGGAAGCCACAGUUCCUGAAAGACUUCGUGUGUCAUUCCCGCUAA